AUGGCACCCACCUCCACCUCCACGCCCACCGCCCUCCGCCCCAUCGUCGUCUCCGGCCCCAGCGGCUCCGGCAAAUCCACCCUCCUCAAACGCCUCUUCGACGCCUACCCCACCCGCUUCGGCUUCAGCAUCUCGCACACCACGCGCGCGCCCCGCGGCACCGAGCAGGACGGCGUGGAAUACCACUUCACCACGCGCGAGGCCUUCACGUCCAUGGUCGCGCGCGGGGAGUUCAUCGAGCACGCGCAGUUCGGGAGUAACCUGUACGGCACGUCCGUCGCUGCGGUCAAAGAGGUGAGAGAGGGGGGCAAGUGCUGUAUUCUGGACAUUGAGAUGGAAGGGGUCAAGCAGGUUAAACGGACGGAUUUGAAUGCGCGGUUUGUGUUUUUGAAGCCCCCGAGUUUGGAGGUGUUGGAGCAGAGGUUGAGGGGACGGGGCACGGAUGGGGAGGAGGCGGUGGUGGAGCGGUUGGCGCAGGCGGAGCGGGAGAUGGAGUUUGGAGCGCAAGAGGGGGUUUGGGAUCGCGUGGUGGUGAACGAUGAGUUGGAGAGGGCUUGGGGGGAGUUUAGGGCGUUUUGUGUGCCGGAUGAGCAGGGUUGA